GUCUGAACCUAAUUAAGCCCUCACAUGUUCUAUCCUCGUCCGGGGCAUGCUCGGUGCCACAACUCCCAUAAAGCGGCACAUCAAUACCAGUGAAGUGCCUCAUGUUGCAGGCUUUGCGUUUUCGCAAUCCGUCGUCUUUUGGUAGUGCUCGCUGCAAAUUUUUGCUCCAAAUCGACCGAAUGAUUCAAUAGCUUGGGCACAAGGAAAGAAAGUCAAUGCACGGCCACAAAAAGGCUGGCCAUCAACGCUAAACAAACAAACCACGUCUCUCAAUCCAUCCUUGAGACCACCUUCAACAACCAUGGGACGUUUAGCACAGCAGAACCCCCCAGACGACUUCACUGCUCCAAUUGAACUCACUUCCGGUGACGAAACUCGUCUUGCCGAAACUCGAAGUGCCUUUGGACAGGCAUGGCGAUCGCGCAAGGAAGCUUCUCGAACUUUGGCCGGGUCCACUUGUGUUUCGCAACCAGGAGCCCAUGCCGAGUCUGUGCCACAAGCUGAUGUCGAAGCACUCCAACAGGCCAAUCCUGCUCCACCAAGAGAUGGCAGCGAACAGAAUGGAUGGUGGAAGAAGUUUCCUCUACUGCGUCGAAUGGAACAGAGGGAUAUCAUGUUUGGCUUUGCGGUUGUAUGGCUUUUGAUCGUAUUUGUGAUUGCUGUGGUGGUGGCAUUUUCCCUGCGUGUGACACCAAACGACGGCCCUACUGCUGAUGCCAGGACAGCACACCCAGCAUUGGCACUCCCAAACGAAACGCUCUCAGUUUCUCCAACAAUGGUGCCAUCAUAUGCCCCUACAAUGCCGCCUACAACUUCCCUCGAAGCCUUUGUUGUUUCCAUACUUCCAGACGCGACAGGUUGGACGAUCAAGAAUGAUCAAAACUCACCACAAGCAAAGGCUUUUGACUUUGUAGUGGAAGAUUCUGCCUUAUCUACGUACCCAGCAUGGCGUAUCAUCCAAAGGUUUGCCUUGGCAACUUUCUAUUAUGCAACAGGUGGCGAUGGCUGGAAAGAGAACGAUGACUGGUUGAAAUACGAAUCCCACGAAUGCGAGUGGUUCCAUCAAAACAAGGAUAGGAGCCCCUGUGGCCAAGUCAGUGGAGUUCAUGCGCAGGAUGGAGGGCGAUAUGAACACUUGUGGCUACGGGAUAACGGUAUACUUGGAAGUCUUCCAGCUGAGUUGUUUCUGUUGACUGCACUGAAGACUAUUGACUUGGAUAUGAGCCCAACCAGUAAUCAUGGUGAUGCUCUUAUAGUUUCCAAUGAAAUCCCCACUGAGAUUGGUCUCUGUUCAAGCCUGGAGUCUCUAUCCCUUGUGCACUUCAAACUCAGAACCGUGCCGUCUGAAAUACUGCAACUGAAUUCCCUUAGAUUAUUGAAUCUUAGUGGAAACCUAUUGCCAACAAGUGUUCUGCCUGAGUUGCUGAGCCUUGGCAGCUUGACCGCUCUCAACUUGUCCCAAAACUGGCUGACACAACUACCAACAUCAUUUGGUCAACUAAGCAGGUUGGAGACACUUGAUAUGAGCUCCAAUAGGUUUAGUACACAGGUGCUGACUUCUGUGGUUGCCCAGUUGACUUCUUUGAAAGUACUGUCACUUCACAGCAGUGGGCUGUUAAGCACAAUGCCCUCUGAGCUUGGACUCAUGUCUAGCUUGGAAAAGCUUCUUCUAAAUGACAACGAACUUACUGGGACCAUUCCAAAUGAGCUUUGGUCAUUGGUGAAAGCUGGGAAUCUUUCCAUUCUGCAUAUGGAGAACAACCAGUUUUUUGGUGAAGUCCCAGAUGAAGUUUGCACAAUCGUUGCAAACAGCUCGAUAUUCGAUUGCAAUGAUCUCCUUUGUGGGUGUGACUGCUUGUGCAUUGUCCCUCUUCUCCCAGCAAGCACAGUUGGUAUGAUUCGGAGUUAUCCAACAUCACCACAAGCCAGAGCUUUCCAAUGGGUGAACGCAGACCCCUACUUGCAUGACUACCCAGACUGGCGUAUCCAGCAACGUUUUGCUUUAGCCACAUUCUACCUUGCAACAGGGGGAGACCACUGGUCUGUGAACAGAGGGUGGAUGGAAUAUGGCAUCCACGAGUGCCAGUGGCAUAGUGGGGAAUCUUACACUAGUUCUUUUCACAGCUUUACAACAAACCACUCAAAUUCAUGUGACCACAACCUGGAUGAUCCAUAUGGAGACGAUGAUGGAAUGUACCGACACUUCUGGCUCCAAGAUGAUCAACUCAUUGGGAGACUCCCCCCAGAGCUGUUCUUAUUGACAUCCUUGCAGAGCAUCAACUUGCGCUUUGGUGAAGGGUCUCCCCUGCAGUCUCUGCCGAGUGAGCUUGGGCUGUGCACAGAUCUAGAGUCGAUUUCUUUCUCAGGCCUCAAGAUCAAUGUUCUACCACAGCAAAUGAACCAGUUGACGUCUCUCCGCCACCUGAGCCUCAAGAACAAUCGUCUAACAACGGAUGCUAUGUUUGAUGGGAUCAUGGCGGCACCAUUGUCAUUGGGAUUGAAAACCCUGGACUUGUCCCAUAACAUCAUUCAUCGGUUUUCAUCCGUCCUGGGACAGUUCCCCAAGCUAGAGAACCUUGACAUGUCAUCCAAUAUUAUAAGAAGCAGGAUUCCGCCCGAGGUUGGCCACAUGCACAGCUUGCGGCAACUUUGGGCUCAUGACAAUUUCCUUAUGGGAAUUCCUUCGGAGAUCGGCGCAUUGACUAGCUUGGAACAGCUUCUUUUGGAUAACAACCAGAUCGAGGGAACCAUUCCAAUGGAACUCGAGUCAUUAGUAGCAGGUGGGGCUCUGACAACCUUGCGCCUGGAUGUCAACAAGUUUUCUGGCCAUGUCCCCGAGGAGCUUUGCACUCUGGGGACUGCAAACUUCACAUUUGAUUGUGGGGAAUCUCUCUGUGGUUGUAGCUGUGUCUGUACUUGAAUUGCAAUUUUUAAGCCAAUCACUCGAAGCAAAGAGCACCCGCCGGUGGUGCUGUGGCUGGCUGUCGUUGCUUUCGUUGCCCAUUUAACCGUUUAGUAAUUCUUCAUGAGAUACUAGACUACUACUCAAACCAGCUCCAAUACAACCUUGGCGUACAUACGGUAGCAUUUAUAUUGCCGAAAGGCCUCGCGCGGCCGGACUCUUCCUCGAGGAAGCCAUAGCCAGUGCUUAUUACGCUUGCAGGCUCCUCUCCUGAGCCCGAGCCGGAAGCCGGAAGCCGGUGAGCCGGAUGCAGCCAAGUUCCAAACAAUCAAGGAGAUCAAGCAUUCACAUCGGCUUGAGAGCUGCUUUGAGAACUCGCACGUCGCACAGCAAAGUGAUGGGUGGUGGGUUCGAUUGGAUUCCAAACUUCCCCACUCUAGCUAGACCACUUUUUAUCUCCCGUAGAGUAGUCUAGCUAGAUCUGGGGGCUGGGUGGG